AUGGCUAUGGCGAGGGUAAAUUUCUAUUUGGAUCCGAAUCCGAAACUGGGUACGGGUAUGGGUGUGGAUUCAAUUCCGAUGGUUGUUGGUUGGUACGACGUUAACAUUCCGUCAACGGCGACGAACAAGGAAAUAAAAAUGGCUCAUUGCGAGGAGGAAAUAAAAAUGGCUCAUUGCGAGCUGUGCGUGAACGCGGAGAAGUACGGGUACACGGCGUCGUUUCAUCUCUGCGUUAACGACCCGGUUGUCAAGCCGUUUGCAUUUGUUGAACGAUCGAUCGAAGAAGUCAUGUCUGCCUCCAUAAUUUUGCUUAUGCUCGAUCUGGUAACUGGCCAGGUUACGUUUCUUACCCCGGCGAACGGGGAAACUCACCUAGGAGAAGAUCGUACUAAUAAUAAUGGCGGAGGUUUGUCCGAAGAAGAUAUUGACAAGUGUUUGAAGACAAAGAUUUUGUGUCCGGAUAUUCUCGAUAAUAAAGGAGACGAGGAGGAGGAAACUGAAGUUUGCGCGAUUUGCUUGGAUGAUAUGUGUCACGAGAAAGACGAGACAGGUGUUGGAGUCCUCGGAUGCGGGCACGAGUAUCAUGUAUCCUGCAUCAAACGAUGUGUCGAUGUGAGAGAAAUAGAAAUUACGAAGACACUUGAGCAUGAUGAAUCUGAGAAGGCAAUCGAGCUUAACCACGAAGAUGCCUCAGAACAAGAGAAGAAGAAGAUGGAUGUAAUGAUUGAAGAUAUUCUAGUUGUGGGCUCUGUCGUUGAUCUAAAUGUGGAUUUGAAUGCAUCAAUAGUGGUUGAUGAGAAGACUAAUAUUUUUGAGGUGGAGAUGGAAUUUGAGGAUCAACUUGAUGUGGACACUGUCCCUGAGAAUAACGAAAACGAAACUUUGACCGAGGAACAAAAUGACACUCAACAACAACAGGACACUGUAAAUGAGGAACCAACUGGAAAAAAAGACGGUCGUCGAACUUCUUGGGUUUGGGAUCAUUUUCCUAAUGUAAAGGGUACAUUGACCACUCAAAGCCGUUAUUGUAAAACGAAGAUUAGAUGUGAUACAAGACAAAAUGGGACUGCUGCUCUUAGUACCCAUUUGAAACAUCAUUGUCGUACAUCGCGUGUGUUUAUGUAUUUAAGAUGUUGUGCCCAUAUCUUGAAUCUUGUGGUGAGGGAUGGAUUAGAGGAACAACAUGUCUCUGUUGUCAAAAUCAGAAAUGCGGUGAGAUAUGUCAGGUCUUCUCCUUCUGGAGAGUAUGCCAAUGCUUUUGACAGGCUUCGGUCACUGGAUUACAACUUUAAGGUGUAUUUUCAAGCUGAUAAUGAUGAGGAGGAAUCUAAUACAAGGAAGCUAAAGAGGAAAAAAGAUAGAUUUUUGGGACCUCCAAGCGAGAAUGAUUGGGCGAAAGCACGACACUUUAUUAAGUGUCUGAAGAUUUUCUACGAUGUGACUAGUCUUAGUUCAGAUAAGGAAGAUAGAGAAAUGGCCGUCUCAAUGAAAGCAAAAUAUGAUAAGUACUGGGAUAACAUUGAUAACAUGAAUCUUUUGUUGUAUAUAGCUGUGGUGUUGGAUCCUCGCAAUAAAAUGAGUUAUCUUGACUUUUGCUUGGGGCAAACUUACGGAGGAGAUACUCAGAAAUCCAAAGAUAUAAGUAAAAAUGUUCGUUCACUUUUGAAUGAAUUAUUUGAUCACUACAAAAAGAAAUUUGACAAGGCGAAUGGUAAAGGAUAUUCUUCUUCUUCUAGUUGUGCUGUUUUUUAUGAUAAAAGUGGGGAUAUGAAAUUUGAUUUAGAAUCAAGUUAUUUGAAAUUCUUGGAAGGUAAAGGAAAUAUCGAGAAAUCAGAGGUUGAAGUGUACUUGUCUGAUGGAAUGGAAAAGAUAGAUGAAAAGUUUGAUAUUUUGAAUUGGUGGAAAAUGAAUUCUUUAAAGUUUCCGAUCCUGUCUCAAAUUGCUCGACAUGUAUUAGCAAUGCCGAUAUCUACUGUGGCAUCAGAGUCGGCAUUUAGUGUUGGCGGUAGGGUUAUUGAUCCAUUUAGGAGUUCGCUCAGCCCUAAGACGGCUGAAGCUCUUAUUUGCGCUCAAGAUUGGAUACGGUCUUCGCCGACGGACAUUGAGCUCUCUGAUGCAAAACCAAGAAGCAUGGAUAGGCAUUUGCAAGUGGAUCGAAGUUUUUCACCAUGCCAGAUUAAUGUUUCUAAAAUGGUUGAUGUCGAAAAUUCAUCCAAAAUCGAAGUUGGUGAUUCGAGCAACGAACCGGUCCUAGGUCCCGAGAUACCGGAAUUGUACACAAAAUUUGAUAAGCACAUUGCUUAUCAUAUUGUGAACGGAGGGCCAGAUCGUUCGGAGCGCGGCUCAGAAUUUCGAAUACGAAAUCACACAGGAACCUUGAAAGGUUGGGAGCCGGCGCCGUUUAUUACAGAGGUAGUACAAAGAUGUGGUUUAAUGUCAGUUGUACAGGCAUCGUACAACACUGUGGACGGCCAUCUACUUAGAGCCUUCGUAGAGAGAUGGCAGCCAGCUACCAACACAUUUCACUUACCUGUUGGAGAGAUGACCAUCACACUUGACGAUGUGAGUACGUUGGUCGGUUUGCCAGUUGUUGGGCGUACCGUAUCUUGCGAGCGUUUGGUCCGUGAUUCCAAAACCAUUCCCAGUUCUUUGAUGUUCGAGUUGCUAGGUGAGUACCCGGACGAUGUAAACAAGAAGAAAGCGGUCAAGUUGGAAUGGUUGAAGGCUAAAUUUAGCAAAGUGACCAUGAGAGAUAGUGCGGAGAAGAGGACAUACGCCAUUCGGGCGUAUUUGUUAUUUUUGCUCGGGUGUACUAUACUGUGCGACAAGACAGGCAACAUGGUAAGCGUUGAGUACCUAAAUCUUGUAUCUGAUUUGGAUCGGAUCGGCGAGUAUGCUUGGGGCACUGCAUGUCUUUGCCGGUUGUACGAUGAGCUUUCCUCAGCCUCACAAAAAUCAACGAACUCGAUGGCUGGCUGGCUGACGCUCUUUCAGUCAUGGAUUUACGAGCACUUUCCUUAUUUGGGGGGUGGCACAUUGAAGACGGAAUUCGAGGGGCCAUUAGCGAGCCGAUGGGAGCCUCAGUCAAAGACUACUUCAACGCCUGAACGAGCGUCGUACCUGCGAUCUCGAUUAGAUGAUUUGAUCCCCGAUCAGGUUUUAUGGUCACCGUAUACGGCUAUUCGUGAUCAUUUCCCGAUGCCAGAUUCUGCUUGGUUUAGUCCUAUUAAUUCUCGAAAUGCUGUAAUCCGACCAUCCAUUUCUGCAGGCUUCCAACCAUCAGCUUUAGGAUCAUGA